GGGGUUGGCCGCACAGGCUUAGGGUUGCUGGAUCGCGAGGACCGUGCCUUCCACCCUGGAUUUCCAGGCAGGGAGCCCCGGGCCCCGCCACUACUCUUUCCUAUUCUUUGGCGACCUCUGGGCUUCAGUUUCCCCAUCAGUAGGAAUAACCGAGAAUCGUUAAGGGUCUAGAGUUCAGUCGACAUACGAUAAAUGCUAAUUGAUGACUGCAUUAGGUAUUAUUGAUGAGUCUUCUUGGAAAAAUCACUUUCAGAGUCAAUUUCCAGUAGUAUAACCGAACCAUUUCCACUUUCUUCCAUUUGCAUUUUAUUCAUUUUUUUCUUCUUUUUAUUAAGAGUUGUUUCAAAUAUGCAGAAAUGUAUAUAAUAUCUGAAAAUAAUCAUGUGCACACCGCCUAUAUUUAACCUGUUUUUAACUUUACGCUUUUGGCUGCAGGUAGUGUGAAAUACACAUAAAUGUUUAUACAUAUAUACAAAACACGCGCGCGCACACACACACACACACACACAUAUAUGUCACACUUUUUGAAACCUUCUUCAGUGGUAACCUGAAUUAUAAUGUGAAUUUUUAGCCGUCCUUUCAUGUUUUUAUUUACUUCCUAUGUGUGUGCCCAGAAGCAAUACACAGUAUUGUUAAUGUAUUUCUAAAGUUAAAACAAUGCACUUGUACAGUUUAGAUACUAAAUGCUUUUUUACUUAUGUUACUUACAACUAGCUUUAUUCACACAACUUUGCUUUUUUAGAGAUUUGUUCUAAAUGGCAUGUGUAAGUCUAGUUCAUUCCUUUUUAUUUAUUUAUUUAUUUUUAAAGAUUUAUUAAUUUAUUCAAGCACUGGGUACAGUCAGAAGUGUGGAAGAGUGAGAGAAUUCACCAGAGCCAGAGCAGGGAACAGAACAGACAGGCUGACGAAGUACACUGCUGAGGGGAGCAGCAGGCGGCAGGAGAGGUCUGUCGCACCAUGUAGGACCCUAGCUGGAAGCUGGGGAUUGAACCGGUGCUGCAGAGGUGGACAGCUUUGCAGCCCAGUGCACAACUGCUGCGCCACCGGGGAGGCCCUGGUUCAUUCCUUUUAACUACUGUUAAAUGAAUAUGCCACAGUUUGUUUGUUUUCCUGUUAAAUAAUGUUUAUGUUAUUAUCACCUUUUUACUUUACAAUCAGUGUUAUAAGACAUUGUCUCAAACCUUACUAUCCUUUAAUCAUAUGUGGUGAUCUUGUUAAUAUGCAGGUUCUGAUUCAGUGUACUGGCUUAUUAUUUUUCCACUAUUUUAUGAAAAAUUUCAAACAGAUAAAAGUUGAAAGAAUAGUAUAGAGAAAACAGGAUACCCACCAGUGGUAUCCAUCCAUCAACCCAUUUUAUUUUUUAAAUACAUCUUACAGUAAGCUGGAGACUUGAGUUCACUUCAUCCCUAAACACCUUAGCACAUAUAAUAGAGAUUAACUAUAACAUUUGUUUUACAAUGCUUUUUGAGGUAUAAUUUAUAUAUUACUGAAAGUUAAUUAAAAAAAUCACACAAGUGGGCCUCCUCUGGUGGCGCAGUGGUUGAGCACUGCCUCUGCAGCGCUGGUUCGUUCCCCGCCACGGCGAGGGUCCCACACAAAAACAAACAAACAAACAAACAAACAAAAAAACCACACAAGUCAUGAAUAAUUCCUAUAAAAACAUUGAAGUAACCAAUGAUGCUCAUCUGAAACUUGUAUCAUGUCAUAAAGCAAUGGAUGUUACUUCAGUAAAAGAAAACAGUAAGUGAAGAAAGACUAGCAAAAACCAAAAAUUGAAAUAUUUGCCACAGAUGAAGCUAAGACAGUUGUCCCCUUGUGUCCUCAGCUGUCCCCAGAGUAACCACUGUUGUCACUGUUAUCGAUGUGGAAUACAACACAUCCUUGAUAAUUGUCCUUCUAUGUCCUUUAUUAUGACAUUGAUGAGAAGAAAACAAUCCUGACUGAUGCUGAACUAAAUGAUGAUAUUAUGUGAUGCCCUGCUUUCCUUAUAUGUUGUUUUGCUUAAAUUUGCAGUUUCCAAGAAUUUAUCACCGAUGUUAAGUGAGGACUUCAUUUCCCUCCAGCCUACCUUCUAUGCAUUGGCUCUCUUGACUUGGUGUAGUGGGGGGAAGAGCAAUGUCUAUAAGAGCAAGACUAGCUUUUGGAGUCAGGCGGCGUUGAAUUUUAGCUCUACCUCUUACAGCAACAAAAUAUUUUUCUGGGGGCACCUGCCACAUGACCAGAUGCAGCCUAAAGUCAUGUGGCACCUCCUUCGCCGGUACAUGGCAUCCCGGCUCUAUUCCCUGCGGAUGGGUGGCUACCUGUUCUCAGGCUCCCAGGCCCCGCACCUGUCCCCUGCCCUGAUGAAGGCUCUGGGCCAGAAGUGCCCUAACCUGAAACGUCUCUGCCUACACGUGGCUGAUCUGAGCAUGAUGCCCAUCACCAGCUUACCCUGCACCCUGAGGACCCUGGAGCUGCAUAGCUGUGAGAUCUCCAUGGCCUGGCUCCUCAAGGAGCAAGACCCCACUGUGCUGCCCCUGCUUGAGUGCAUUGUGUUGGAUCGUGUGCCUGCCUUCCGUGAUGAGCACCUGCAGGGCUUGACGCGCUUCCGUGCCCUGCGCUCACUAGUGCUGGGUGGCACCUAUCGUGUGACUGAGACUGGGCUAGAUGCAGGCCUGCAGGAGCUGAGCUACCUGCAGAGGCUGGAGGUGCUGGGCUGCACCCUUUCAGCUGACAGCACCCUGUUGGCUAUUAGUCGCCACCUUCGAGACAUCCGGAAGAUCCGGCUGACUGUGAGGGGCCUGUCGGCUUCUGGCCUGUCUCUCAUAGAGGGAAUGCCUGCCCUGGAGAGUCUGUGCCUUCUGGGUCCCCUCAUCACCCCUGAAAUGCCUUCUGCCUCUGAGAUUGUCUCUUCCUGCCUCGCCAUGCCCAAGCUUAGGGUCCUUGAGCUACAGGGGUUAGGGUGGGAGGGUCAAGAGGCUGAGAGGAUCCUGUGUAAAGGGCUGCCCCACUGUGUGGUCAUUGUCAGAGCCUGCCUCAAAGAGUCUAUGGACUGGUGGAUGUGACUGCACCAUUUGUCUGGGGGACCAACCUCAACUUUCACUAAUGAACCCUAGACCCUCUGAGCGGUGCCUUGUAGGAGGCAGGUCAUCAGGCUGGAAACUCUAAAGGCCACAGGUAGAACCAAGGCCUAGAGGCUUCAGGUGGUUGUAAUUGUUGUUUACCAGCUGUGCAGCCUCUGACUUCAGUGUGCCUCAGAGGCCUGCUCCUCGCAUCUGGAAAUGGGAUAGAGCAAAUCUACCUCAUGGUGAUGUUACAAAGCCAUAUCUUUACCAGCCUUGGGUCCCAAGGAGGGUCAUUCUCAGAAACCAGGCUGAUGUUGGAGGACAAGGAUAGGAAGAAGGGGACCUGAGGGACUUGAGAGCCCAAAGGAGGCCUGGAAGGACUGUCUGUGCAUUAUCCCACCUGCCUACACACCAUCGAGGCACCUGCACGCAUGGGUGAAAAAUGGAGUGGAAGGGCAAGCAGUAAUGGUGCUUUGACAAUUAAAAUGUUACUAAGGGUUCCAAGUUGUAUUCUCUGUAUUUUGCACUCUGUAUUUUCCACAUUUUUUACAAUAUAUAUUAUUUUGCUAUUAAAGAAAAAUAAUUGGUUUAUUCAUUCACCAAAUGUUUUUUGACUCCUGGUUUUGUAGGUGCUGGGGCCACAGGUAAGACCUGAGGAGAAGGCAGGAUGAUAAAUGACUUGAGAGACUGAGAUAGUAAGCCAAAGUCAUGAGAUGAAGAUACACUUGUUGGGUAGAGUGGACCUGGCGGGUUCCUGAGGUGAGGAGAAACCAGCCUCGGGAAGAGCUGAGGAAGGCAGCAAGGUCCAAAGACCUGAAGCAUAAAUGAAUUUGGCAGUUCCUAGGCAUGAGAAGAUGGUUUGUAUGGCUGAAUGAAUGAGGGGUGAGUAAUAGGAAGUGAGAGACGACCGGGUGAGGUUGGAUGGGGCCUCACAGGUGGCUCAGGGUUUAGGAUUCAAAAAGUAGCAACUCCUUUUCCUGCCUUUUGAACCACUUAAAAGAUGCAGGUGGCAAACUGAAGGUGGUCAUGGGUGCUAACCGGAGAGAUGAGGUUUUUCUGAGCUGAGUUAGAUAGGAGCAGCACCAGCCCAGCUU